AUGGCGACCAACAAGAAACACACGCGCUCAUCCAGUGCACCGGCUGCUCAAUAUGAUUAUCAUGAAGAUGAUGAAGAGGAGAAGAUGCAGCAGCGCCAAUAUCAUCGUGAUGAUUGUAUCGUUGUAAUACGUGGUGGAUCAAGACGCACAAGCUUUCGACCGAGGCCGAUCAACACCAAAAACCUGCGAACCUUGAAUGAGAAAAGCAAAGAUUUGCCUUCCGCAAGUGUUGUCAGCAAUACCAGUAGUGCAUCUACGGUUGUCGACGACACUGCGUAUUCGAUCUUUUCACCAACAAAGAAGCGGGUCAUUGUUGUCCUGGCAUCCAUGGCUGCAUUUUUCUCUCCGUUCUCGGCUAACAGCUACUUUCCAGCCUUGGCAAAAAUUGAGCAGGAUCUCAAUAUAACCACCCAACAAGUAAAUUUGUCAGUCACCGUGUUCAUGCUCUUCCAAGCUAUAUCACCUUCAUUUUGGAGCGUGCUAGCAGAUACACAUGGUCGACGUCCAGUAUACCUUGCAACGCUUUUUGUUUACAUCCUAGCAUCCAUUGGCACAGCACUUGCAUCAAGCUAUGUUGCCUUGCUUCUAUUUCGAAUGUUACAAGCCUUUGGAUCAAGCUCUGUCAUUGCUAUUGGUGCAGGCACCAUUGCGGACAUUGCACCACCCUCUGAACGAGGUGGAUACCUUGGAUGGUACUCAUUGGGCUUUAACAUUGCACCUUUGCUUGGACCAGCAAUAGGAGGUUUUCUAUCACAAUACCUCGGUUGGAGAUGGAUCUUUUGGACAAUGGCGAUCAUUUGCGGCAUACAUUGGCUAGUUCUUGGGUGCUGGCUUCCCGAGACACUACGUUCACUGGUAGGAAAUGGAUCAGGCUAUGCCAAUCCAACACCUAUGCAAUGGUGGCAGCAUCAACGCACUACUCAACAAUCAUCAAGCGGUGGUGGUGGUGGUGUUACUGAUCCAGCAACCUUGGAUGACGCUGCAACAGUGGUAGUACCUCCACGUGAAGAAAAGAAAAAAUGGAAAAGUUGGUCCUUGCGACAAGUUGUUUUGCUGCCAUUCCAACCACUAUUGUACGCCAAGGAAUGGGAUGUGCUGGUCCUAUUACUUUUAUAUGGAGUUCAAUAUGGAGCAUGUUACGCAAUGACUACAUCCAUGCCAUACUUGUUUUCACGCGUCUAUCAGCUCAAUGAAAGCCUGAUUGGUGCUUCAUACCUUGCGAAUGGAAUAGGCUGUAUAGUGGGAUCCGUUUUUCAAGGCAAGGUGCUAAACUACAAUUACAAGCGCCUAAUGCAGUUCCAUUACACUGACGAAAACCACGACUUUCCAAUCGAACAUGCACGACUUCGUACCUUGUGGAUACAUGCCAUGCUAUUCAAUGUGCUUUUCGUGGUAUAUGGUUGGAUGCUCUACUAUAAAAUCCAUAUUGCCAUGGUGCUCUCGAUUCAGUUUAUUCUGGGCUUCACCUCACAAGCUAUCUUUAAUGCAUCACAAACGCUCUUGGUUGAUCUUUUCCCAGACAAAUCUGCAUCCGUGACAGCCACCAACAACAUGUUUCGCUGCUUCUUUGGAGCUUUGGCGACAGUGAUGGUAUUACCAACGAUACAAGUCGUAGGUGUUGGAUGGGCUUUUACUGUCAUCUCAGCUGCCUUGCUCUUAUCCCGAGUAACUUUGGUGCUUGCAUUAUCGCAUGGACCCAAGUGGCGUCGUCAACGAAUGAAUGCCGAGGCCAUCAAGGCCUGA